UCCGUGAUGUGACGUUGUACAGGAACAUGGCGCUUCAGAGGGGAGGUGUUUCAUGGUAGUCAGGGCUAUUGAUUUAUUUCCUUUAGCUAUGUUAAUUUAAAUAACAUUAAGGUACAUUCACCAAAUAUGAUCGGUCGUAAAAGGUUAUCGCUCCUUUUGUCUCUAUGGACAACGGAACACUAGCUAAAUCUCGUAGCGGUGUUUGCUGUCGUCAGCUGAAACUGUUAGCAUUGACAUGCUAGCUAGCUGUAGCUAGUGAGCUGGCUAACAGUAAGUAGCUAACGUUGAACGGACAGAAAAUAUGCUUGUUUGUGUAGCCUACACUGGCGUUAAACUAAAUACCAAUGAUUAAAACACGCUAUUUAGCAUCAAAGCAGUCAUUUAUUGUUUAGGACGAAGAUUCCAGUUAGCUAACAUUUUGUUAGCUAAGCUAGGAGGAUGAAGAGCCUCCAUGGACAUGUUUUGUUGCUGGCCAGUGGGGUUUUCCUGUCGGCGUUUUGGCUGUCUGAAGGUGCCCCUCUUCAGUAUCCUCACAAAUCAGGUGGAAGCACAGGAGAUACGUUGUCUGUGUCUCUCUACCUGUCCCUGGUAGUGUCACUGACGGCGCUUGUGGCCUUGGUGGUGUUGCUAGUGAACUGUGUGACCUGCUGCAAGCAAAGGGAGAUCAACUUCAAGGAGUUUGAGGACCACUUUGACGAUGAGAUUGACUUCACUCCACCAGCAGAGGACACGCCUUCUAUGCAGUCCCCAGCCGAGGUGUAUACCCUCGCCGUGUCUCCUGUGGCGCUGCCUGGACCCCCACACCUCCAACCUCCUGUCUGCGUCACAGAAGGAUCCACAGGCUUCCAGGUAGCACGUCACAGUCUGAGUUACAUUCAAGAGAUUGGCAGUGGCUGGUUUGGCCAGAUCCUUCUGAGUGAAAUCUACACAGAUCCAGGUGGAUCCCGAGUGGUGGUGAAAGAGUUAAAAGCUAAUGCAAGUGCCAAGGAGCAGAAUGAUUUCCUGCAGCAGGGGGAUCCAUACAGAGUCCUGCAGCACCCAAACAUCCUUCAGUGCAUGGGACAGUGUGUUGAGGCCAUUCCCUUCUUGCUUGUCUUUGAGUACUGUGAAAUGGGGGAUUUGCGGGGCUAUCUGUCUCAGCAGGAUUGGAUGUUCAGAAAUGCUGAGUUGCUGCAGCUGCAGAGGAUGGCCUGUGAAAUCGCUGCUGGUGUCACUCACCUUCACAAACACAACUUCCUGCACAGUGAUUUGGCUCUGAGGAACUGCUACCUGACUGUAGAUCUUACAGUCAAAGUGGGAGACUAUGGAAUUGGACCCUACAGAUACAAAGAGGAUUACAUCAUCACGGAGGAUGAUGUGUUUGCACCCCUUCGCUGGUUGGCUCCUGAGCUGGUGGGCGAGCGCCAUGGGGGUGUGAUUACUAUGGAGCAGACCAAGCCCAGCAAUGUGUGGGCCUUGGGGGUCACAUUGUGGGAGCUCUUUGAGAAUGCUGCUCAACCGUACCCCCAUCUGUCUGACCGGGAGGUUCUCAAUCAUGUAAUCAAGGAGCAACAAGUCAAACUCUUUAAGCCACAGCUGGAGCUUCCUUAUUCUGACAGAUGGCACGAGGUCCUGCAGUUCUGCUGGCUGUCUCCAGACAAGCGAGCCACAGCAGAGGAAGUGCACCGUUUGCUUAUCUACCUGCGCAUGCAAGGCCAGAAGGACAUAGAAGAAGACUUUGCGCAACGCUGGGAUGCUCUUAAGCCUAACCCUUCCACUCGGCAGACCACUGUUAGCCACUCCUCUUUUCCAAUCUUGGAACAGUUUGCUGAUGAUGCCCUGCGACAAGAGAUUGACGAAGUUCUUACGGUCACUGAAACAAGCAAAGGUCUCAGCUUUGAGUAUGUUUGGGAGGCAGCCAAACAGGACCACUAUGAUGGCAACUAUGGGCGUUCAGGCCUGGACACAACAUUGAACUAUCACAGCAUGUUCUUUCCUGUUUCCAGUGAAGACAUCCAGGCCCAUUUCCCUGAUCCUGCAGCUAGAGCCACGGGCACAGAAAGGUGUAACACUCCUUCAGGAAUUCCUGGGAUUGUACCAGUGUUUGAUGCACAAAAGCCAUCUAAUGGUAAUGAAUAUUACAUACAACUAGAAGAACAAGGGGAGAGUACUGUUGCGGAAAAUGGGAAUAGAGGGCAAGACUUGGACUUCAGUACAGGCCAGCAAGACUUUGUUGUUCUCCAAGACGUCCGUCUGGAUGAGUCUAGUACUGAUGCUGAUUUUUUCCACCAAAGUAUUGACUCCAAGGAUUCUUAUUUACCAGACAGCCACAUUUGGUCGUCUCUUGAAAAUGACAGUCCAUACCACACCAACAUUUUCACUGACGGGGGGUCCAAGCAGCAAGAGGACUCUCCUUCCUGGAGACGCAGUUUUAUGGAGCUUCCAGAGCGCUAUGGCAACCCUUUCCAGGGAAGUGCUCCUUUAGAAGUCCAGGAGGUGGAUACAGAUAAAAGCUAUGGGGAUUCUUUUUUAGGGGAUUGUUCAGAAGCCCCUUACCUGGAAGAUUCGGUAGACGUGGAGAGGGAGAACACCGAUGCGAAGAGGCUUCUGAACACUGAAAUACUAGCUGACAACUUUAUGUUUCUCAAAGACCACAGCCUGAUGAAAGACAGAUCACAUUUCUCAAGUCCACAGGAGAAUUUUCUUCUACCUGGCCGAGCUCACGAACCAGAAGAAAGAUUCAAAAUGAGUUCUUGGGACAACCUCGAGAAUUUAGGCAGCUUAAACGCAGCAGACACUUAUUUAAAACCUGCAGCAAGUAGCACAUCCUCAAGACAGGAACUGUUAGACUCUCCAAGUUCCAGCUUGGGGGAGUUAUGCCCGUCUCUGGUAGAAAACGAAACACUGGUGCCUUUCAUUACAGUGGUCACAGAAGAUAACGCAAGCAACCAGCUGCCAGUUGGAAAUAGUUCUUCCACCAAAGACCUUGGUCUGCAGCAAUCCUCAGACAGAGGUAUAGACUCUGGUUUUGAUUCUACCUCAGAGAGGUUUGAGUUUAUCAUCAGUCAAACUGAUGGCCCCACCCCUGCAUUCUCUGAAAGUGCCACUACAGACUCAUUGUGCACAGAUGCCAAAAUUCCCAGCCUUGAAGAUGACCAUGGAACCUCUAAGGAUAAUGUUCAGCCCAUAGGAAGUGAAAUGCCUGAAAACCUGCAAGUCCAAGCAUUGUCCUCAGACAACGGACACAGUGAAGACCUCACAAGUAAUGAUCUGUUGAGUGAACUAAUUGAGGAUGCAGAUAUAGAACUGGAAACCACUCUGUCUGACCAUGAAGAAUCCUUUAUGGAUGCUAAUGGACUCCCUAUUGUCAGAUCUUCUCUGUUGAUCUCUGGGCCAUCUUUGGACCAGAUCAGCCAGGACAGUUUACUGGAAGACAGUAUGUCCACCACUCUACCAACUGUAGAUAAUCCAGCCGAGACACCAGACUCUUUAGACUCUCUUGACAUCCACAGACUCGGUGAACAAGGAGAAGAGCUGAGUGCUCAAAUAGCCCAACACAAACUCCAGCCUCCAUACAAAAUAUCAGACAGUGGGUAUGAGACGGAGAACCUGGAGUCUCCUGAGUGGAACUCCCAGCCUAAUGUUAAAGACCAUUCCCCUGUAAAAAAUGGCACAAGUGUUGCCAAAGAAGAGGAGGAGACGGAGGAGCUCACAGCUGCGACAAAUCUGGUUCCACCAGAAAUCAUCAUCUCCGAAGUAGAGGGUGUGCUGGAUGCUCCCAGUGAGGAUCCCUGUGAGUGCCAGCAGACAGAUCACGUAGCUCCUGCUGAGGAGCCACUCAUGGGCAGUAAUUACAGAGACUCUGCCUACUUCUCAGACAAUGAAUCCGAACCUGAGAAGAAGUCUGAAGAAACUGUUCCGGGAGUUUCUGGUGAAGUCACGUGGCUGAGGAACUCUCCUGAGGUGGUCAGCGUGGAGCUCAACGUAGAGAGCGAUGUAGAUUCCUUAAUUUCUCAGCAAGAAUCUUCUAUAGCUGUACAAGCACGGGCAGAUGGAGAAACCUCUGCUUCUCAUGUUGGGGGCAUAUUACAGGAGGCAUAUUCAGAUUUCACAGAGAAAUGUGAGAAUGAGGCGACAGAGUCUAGCAGCAGUCCUAAAGAAGAUGGAAACAAACCAGAGUUGUUCAAGGACUUAAAAUCUCCUGGCCAACCAGACCCAUCAAAAGAUCUAGAAACAUCAACUCCACUUCCUUCUGUUGCCCAAUCAAAGCCAGUGCCAGAGAGCUCAGGUCAUGCUAAACUCACCAGGACCUACGCGAGUGAUGGUCAUAAAAUAAGAGAGGCGGACAUGGAGGGGCGUUACCUGGGGAGGCGGGAUGGCUCGGGUUUAGAUGGACAGGAGGACGGCGCAGAUGAGGACGAGGAGGACGAGAACAGCGACGACUCUGAUGACGACAUCCGUGGGUAUCAGCUAAACAGCUCCAGUUCAGAAAGCGAGGAUGAUGCCGUGCAUACGGUGCCACUUGUUGUCUCAGAUGACAGUCGUGCAAAGAACCUGAAGAGCCUGUUGAAACCCACCACGCUGAACCUCCAAGCGUCGUCUUCCCCGUUUCCGGCGAGGUGCAGUGCAGAUAACUCAAGAAGAGCUGUGUCUUUUUUCGAUGAUGUCACGGUGUACCUGUUUGACCAGGAGACCCCCACCAAGGAACUGGGUGACCACUCCUCAGGCUCAAACAACCAGGCACCAGAGUUCAGUAGCCCAGUGCCCACUGCAAGCUACCUGAACCGGUUCACAAACUCUGAAAGCUCCACCGACGAAGAAGGUGGGGGUUUUGAGUGGGAUGAUGACUUCUCCCCCGCACCUGCCUUCCUGCCCAAGAUGGAUAAAGACCCUGUAUCAAAGACCAUGUCCUCAUCUGCAGCAUCUCGCUUUUCCUCUCCGCCCCCUGCAGCAGGGCGCGUGCUGGAAUCCAGCUGGACCAGCUCCUCAAACUACUCCCGUUUCUCCAUUUCACCGGCCAGCAUCGCUACCUUUUCCCUUACACAUCUAACCGACUCUGACAUCGAACAAGGAGGAAGCAGCGAAGAUGGAGAAAAGGACUAGUGUUAUAUAUUAUCAUCACACUAUUGAAAAAUGAACCUAUACUCGCACUUUUUGGGAACGGAGAACGGCUGAAUAAGGACAAAUGACGCGGUUUGUGGGGCAAACCGUGGAUGCUUCUCUCAGGCAGAACUGCUCUUUACCUACAUGGAUAUGGCCGUGAAAAACAACCACUUUCAGCAAAUAAGACGGACGAUGCCCAGCUCCAGUCUGAGCCAUAUCACCUCUCCAGCUACAUCAGUGUGUGUGGUUUCAGUUCAGUGCAAUUCCACUUUCAAGUUUCUAAAUGUUUGCUUUAAAGACUCCUCAAGCGUAUUCCAGGUGUUUGGCUGCUUCUUUUUCUUGUGUCAAAGUGCACUCAUUUUCCAGGACUUUUGCAUCACCAAAAAAAAUUAACGAAUAAAUAAUUCAGACUUUUAUGCUCUGAAUUCAACACACUGGGCUGGCAAACAUAUCACUACAGCCAAAUAAGUAUAAGCUCUUAUAUUUCAGCAGUUUGAAGAUCCAAGCUUUUUCUCUAACUUUGUUAAUUUUGCUCCUUCAUGUUGUGCGAUGUUUUCAGUGGUUGCCUCUGUUUGGAAGAAUUAUUUGUUUUUUCGUAACCUCUCGUUGGGUGUUAGUCACAAUCUCCUAAUUGGAGAAAAACUGUGUGGUAUCCUUCUGUAGCAGCAUUUCAAUAAGAAGGGUUGAACUUUACUUUAACUUAAAUCCCUCAUCUACAGAGGUGAAACACUGUUCCUUUAAGUUUCAAAGGAACAUUUACAGUAAGUAGUUUCAUAUUUUUGAGACAUCUCGGUAGGUAUGGUUGGUGGUAUUAGACAAGAAGUGUCAUAUUAAUCCUUACAGAGGUGAUCCAGUUGUGAGGAAAAACGUAAAGACAAGUUAUUCAUUUUGCAAUGCUUCAUUUUAUGAUCUGAAAAGUUGCUCGGAUGGUUUUGACUACAUGUCACGGGGUCUUGUCGCAGUGCCUGUGAUGCUGUAAAGACAGCUGCACUCCCAUUUUCUAUCACUACAAAGUUUUAAAUCGCACGUUUAGUGAGAUUGUGUAAAAAGUUGGAAAUUUUAUUUUUAAAUGUCAGAAUGAAUACAUGUUAAUGAGCGGUUUGUAAACAAAUGUGCAAUGAAUUUCAUUAAUUAGUUGAAAUUUGAGUUCAUAGGAUGACCCGGUGAACGCGGCCGUGUUUCUUCAGCAAUGCGCAGGGACUUAAAGCUUCACAACAACUCACUACUAGAACAAAAAAAAAAAACACUGCUGCUUUUUAUCAGCGUCAUCAACAGAGUUGUCUGCCUUUUUAAAAAAGAAAAAGAAACGUGUCAAACUUAAUUAACCAGUUCAGAUGUCCUUUUCCUCAGUACCCCUCAUCAUGCAUCUCUGAGCAUACAUCGUCUCUGUAGUGGCUGUACAGGGUUGGCUGGGGAUGUGUGCGUAACAUGAUCAGUUACUGUAUAGAGGCAUAAUGCAAACUGUUACGCAUCAAGAUAUACUUUCCCUCCAAGGAUUUCAUGUACAGAUAUAAAAACACAGUUCUUUGAAACUGUAGGUUGUACCGUUACUGUAUGGUUCUUUAAACACCUUUUUUUUUUUUUGAAGAUUUUUUUCACAGAUGACCUGAUGAACAGCUGUUCUUCACCUGUAGUAGAUGUCCAUCUCCCCCCGGCCCCUUACAGAAGGCACUGUAUAUUAGAUAAUGUUAACCUCUGUUAAAAACCAGCAGCCCGUGCUUCAGUUAACUUGAACAUUUAUUUAAGGAAAUCUUAUUUUAUUUGACUACAGUAUACAUUUGCCUAAUCUUGCACAUUUGAGAAAUGUAACUUAAUGUUGAUCUGUACUGAUGUAUGUAAAUGUAAAUUUUCUUUUUUUUUUUUGUCUGUAAAUGGGAAAUGAUGUAACAGAGUUAUAGGUAUGAGGUUUCAUUUUGUAACUUAAAGCGGAGUUGAUCAGAGGAACAUAUCACAGUUAUUGGCUAAACAGUUAAAUUAAGACAAAGGCAGAUGUGAAUUCAUUCUGUCCUUUAAACUUGUAGAUUUUAAAAAAUAUUUUUACUUCGUAUUUAUCAUGCUUAGUGUAAUUGAAUGAAAUGUUUAUAAUUACACUGUUUAAUAUGAAAAUAAAUGCAAAUGAACUUCUAA